UGAGUACUGAAAAUUUGGACAGCGAUCUGAGAUCAAAGAUGGCGGGCGCCUCCGACCCUCUGGAAGAUAUGCUCUUCUCCGAGGUGGACGAAAAAGCAGUUAGCGACUUAGUGGGCUCACUUGAGUCGCAGCUUGUGGCCCAGAGCAACCCAACAGGUUCCCAUACUGAAACUAGGAGUGCUGAGUCUACAGGCGCUGCCAAUCACCACUUAGGAAGAAUACAACCUGCCCAAGUGGGUACUGUACUAGAUCAGCAACAACAACAAGGACAACAUAAAGCUGGGGUAAAUCAAGAGCCAAACUCUAAAGAAAUUAGCUCCGAGAAAACUGUGAUGCCGUCUUCUCUCAGUUCCAUUCCGUCAUUCGAAGAAGGUUCCAUCACUUCUGGGACUGGAGUGAAUGCCAGUAGCGGCUUGCAAUCACAUGGAGCAUCUAACAUCACAACACUGUCUGCAUCUGGUCUGGUAACUUUACCACAUCCAAUGGACAGCAUCAGUCCUGCGAAUAGAGAUUCUGUCGUGGGUUCAGGAGGGACAGAUACUGUAACGACAGAGACCGAUCCUCAGAAAAGUCACAUCACUUCGAACAUAAGGACUGCUUCCACAGGAAUACAGAGUUUGAACGGGAACGAUGGAGCGGUGACGUUAGCUAACUGUCCGACAAAUACUGCUGUUCCGGCGGCUGUUGCGGCUUUUCAACCCGGAUCUGGAACUUUACCGUUGGCUGACAACGAUAACACAGUUGUUAGCAGUGCCAGUGCAGUCAGCGCCAGUCUGAACGUGGUUCAGACUGCGAACGCCACCACUUUUAAUGUAGCUCAUACUGAUUUCCAUACAUCGCACGCCGCGAUUAAUCUGGAUGGGCGAGGGACUCCUACAAUAGCCCUGCAAAGACUACCGAGCCACAUCAUGGCUAGCAUCGCACAGAAUGGAAAUGGCACUACACUUUCGGCAUUGGUCCAGCAAGGCGCACGGCUAGGUCUCCCCGCCGCUGCAGCAACCCCGCUAGUCAACCACAGCACAAGCGCAGAUGCCAAUAAUCCGAAAUCAGACUCUCCCGUGCAGUCAAAAAUAAUCAUGUCGAGCCAGCCUACCGUUGUCAGUUCUACAACCAAUCCUGUCACGUCGUCAGCUCCUGUUGUUAACCCUCCUUCGAGUCAGCAGCAGAGUUCUGUAGCCAGCUCGUUACCUGCCGCCAGCAGCCCCGUCCCUCUCACUGCUAUAUCGAAACCGACUGUCACUUUAGGGCAACAAACGGCCACUACCGUUGGCAUGAUAAGGCCUGGGACGCCUUCGCCGUCACCCAUAAUGGCCACUUCUCCCCAGCCCCAACAACUUCGCCCUGGAUUGGGGACUCCUCAGAGAAUUGUGGCACCUCAGCUGCUUGUCAGACCCCCACAGCAGCAAACCACCAUACAACUUCCACCCGGAUUUACCAUACCGCCGGGCAUGGUGCUGGUGCGCACCGAGAUGGGGCAGCUGGUGAUGGUCCCCCAGCAGGCUCUGGCUCAGGCUCAGGCUCAGGCGCAGGCCCAGAACAGCAUCUCCCCCCGACCUGUGACCCCCACCACCGGGGCCACGUUCAGAGUGACCACCACUCAGUCUCCCGUGUCCCCGCAGGCCAUCCGGCCGGGCCCUCCGGUGCAGGCCAAGGUCGCUCAGUCCGGCUCCCCCGCCGGCAGCCCCGCCCUCCAGGCUCCGCCCGCGGCCUCCACCAAGGCAGCAGUGACCGGGGGCCCGGUGGCCGCCGCGGUGGCGGUGACGGUGACGGCUUCGCAGCAGCCCUCCACGGUGAUCGCGGGGGGGCAGACCACCCCCCAGGCCCAGCCCCAGACCGCCCUGCCCCCCCAGACGGCAGCGGCAGCCGUCCCCGCUUCCCCCGUCCCAGGAGUCUCUGUUAUUUCCCAGGAGAUGCAAGAAAACGUAAAGAAAUGCAAGAACUUCCUGGCCACACUCAUCAAACUUGCAUCCCACAACUCGCCUUCUCCAGAGACUUCUCGAAACGUGAAGGCCCUGGUCCAGGACCUGCUGGAUGCCAAGAUUGAACCUGAGGAAUUCACCAACCGCCUGCAGUCGGAGCUCAAGUCCUCUCCCCAGCCCUACCUGGUGCCCUUUCUCAAGAAAAGCCUGCCUGCCCUGAGGCUGUCGCUGCUCAACAGCCAGCAGUCGCUGACGCAGCCCCUGCAGCAGGCCAAGCCCGCCCCCCCCGGGGGGGCCGCCCCCGCCCCCGGCCUCGUCCCCGGGCCCACCGUCCGGGCGCGCCACCCCAACAGCGUCAGCGCCACGGUUUCCGGCGCCCUCCCCGGGCAUGGCUCCGCCGUGGGCAUCAAGAGAGCAGGUGUUCAGGGCAGCCAGGUCCGUAUGCCCAUGGUGAUCACGCAGACUGUCAGAGGCGCAGUUGGGAAGGGACCAACAAUACAAGCAAGCAGAAGUCCCAUGGGCUUCGCUGUUCAGGUCUCCGCAAAUCAGAAAAACAAGCUGAACGACCCUGGAGGCGGAUCUUUCAGGGAUGAUGAUGACAUCAAUGACGUGGCGUCCAUGGCGGGGGUGAACCUGAACGAAGAGAGCGCCCGCAUCCUGGCCACCAACUCCGACCUGGUGGGGACCCAGAUCCGCUCCUGCAGGGACGAGACCUUCCUGCCCACGGGCCUGCUGCACAAACGCAUCCUGGAGACAGCGAAGAAGUUCGGCGUCACCGAGGUCCCGGUGGAAGCUGUCAACUUGAUCUCGCACGCGACGCAGACGAGGCUACGGACGGUGCUGGAGAAGGUGUCCACCAUCGCGCAGCACCGAAUGGAAACGUGCAAAGAUGAUGAGUGGUACGAGCAGUCGACGGACGUGCGGUCGCAGCUGAAGUUCUUUGAGCAGCUGGAGAGGAUGGAGAAGCAGAGAAAGGAAGAGCAGGAGAGAGAGAUCCUGCUGAAGGCUGCGAAAAGUCGCUCCAGGCAAGAGGACCCAGAGCAAGCUCGGCUGAAACAGAAAGCUAAGGAGAUGCAGCAGCAGGAGCUGGCGCAGAUGAGGCAGCGAGACGCUAACCUGACGGCGCUGGCUGCCAUCGGGCCCCGGAAGAAACGCAAGCUGGACUCCCCCGGGGCCACACCGUCAGGGACCGAGGUUUCGGGGACCUCCGUGGGCUCGCCGGCGGGCUCCGGGGCCCCCUCCACCUCCUCGCGCCAGUACUCCCGGCACCGCAUCACGCGCGUCAACCUCAGGGACUUCAUCUUCUACAUGGAGCAGGAGAGAGAGACGGCCCGCUCGCUCCUGCUCUACCGGGCCCUGCUCAAGUAGCGGCCCCCGGCCCCCGGCCCCGGCACUCUGCUCUUACGGCCUCUCUUCCCAGCACUUCACCCUUUCCCCCCUCCCCUCUCUCAUUUCAUCUCCUCU